AUGUAUCGCCGUCCACCAAUAUUCCAGCAGCUCCCUCCUACCCCUCCUGCUCCCUCAACUUGCACAGGGUCGAAUGUUGGACUCGAUGCUGAGGAGCUGCAGACGUGUUUCCGCUUCACCCGGGAACGAUUUCCGGAACACGUGCUCGAGGAGGCUGCGUGGCAGGGGGGAUGCUCCUACACCACCCUCUUACGAGUCAAGGCGAAUCCUGUCAUGGACAGCAGUCGAGAGCCCGCCGAACCCGAGUUCGUCGUCCAGAUCCGCCCCGAACGCCACGCCAUCACCCCUUCAAUCGGCAGGUAUGCCAGGGAGUGGUACGCCGACCUGGCUCCCGAAUUCGAAGAACUAGACUGGUUUGUUCCGACGCGGACGAUUGCGAUGUACCAGGUUUGCCGGAUGUCGCUCCUCCCAGGAACAAGGCUGAGCGAGGUACUGCCGAAGACUUCUUCGGUUGAUGUCGCGACGAGGGGGAGGUUGAGGAGUGUGCUUGAGGGGCUGGCGGGGUUUCAUGCGAGUUCGUGGGAGUGA